AAUGUGGCCCGAACACCAGAUAACAGUCUGUGGGCUGGAGUGAGCUGAAGUCGUAAAGCUUUUUAAAGAAAUAUCAUGAGAGCUAAAUCUUUUUCUACGUCUUGGAGAAAGUCUGUGACUAGUUGGUCAGAAAAUGUUUUUCCAGGAAUUUCAAGUUAUAAAGGAGAUUCUUUUGAAUGUAGUCUUGUAUUGCAAAUGCUCUUGUAUUUUGAUGCAGUAUUUUUCCCAUUUUGGGCUGUGACGAUAGGAUCAGUUUACAACAUCAAGUAUGACUAUCUGAGUAGCACUUACAAAUUCAUCAGCAUAACUAUGCUAGCUUCAAUAUUUGUUGUCCAAAUUGUCCGGCUCUAUCUUGGUUACUUAGGCAAUUUGACUGAAAAGAUUCCUGAACUGGCAGCUUUUUGGAUGCUUUCCGUCCUGCUUCAGUUGCCGAUGGAACUUUUCCUGAUACUUUCGCGAGGAAUAAAAUCUACACCGCCAGAGUACACAGUUAAUAUUAUAUUGUUGCUGCUGCUCGUGCUGCAGCUUCUGUCUGGUUAUCAGGCGCUAACCAGGGCAGCACAGCAUCAUGCAGACCGCUUCCGCCAAUCUCAUCAAUAGUGAGAAUUUAAAAAUCUACUUCUUUUAUUUUGUAUGGAUAUAAUAAAAAUGUACAUGUAGUGAAAAUGUCAUUUUUAUUGAUUGAACAAUCUGUCCGAGUGAUAAACUUUAAAUUAGUUAACAACCUCUUCAUUUGAACAACUAUAACACUAAUUGUGGUCAGCAACAAUACGUGAGACUGCACAGUGUAAAGGGAAAUAUAAGAAGCACAGGUUUUGAUUUUUUUGC